CUGGCCACCUCACCCAGCACAGUUGUCAAGCUGGGAGCCCGGAUGGGAAAUCAACAAAGCCCUUGAAGUCCCAGAACCCUGCUUUCACGUCUCCUCCACACUCAACAGCAACAAAGUCGUCUGCAGAAAAACAAGAGAAGAAGAAGAAGAAGAAGAAGAAGAAGAGUUGUCUCCUUCAACCAACCCAGGCACCCUGCACUUUUUUUUUCGCGAAGGGCGAGUUUUUGCCGAUUGCUUGAAUGCGCUUCGCUGAUGUAACAGUUUUUACUGCCAUUUAAUUGCGACAGAAGCGGAAGAAGAGGAGACCCCCUCCCCGCCCCGUCUCUCUCUCUCUCUCUGCUCGGAGAGAGACGAGAAAGUGGAUUUUAAACGUUAUUAUUUUCAAGAGCCUGCCUCCUCUCGGCCGUGCCACUGACGACCUAUCAUGUCCCCGGCGGUGUGCGUUGCAUAGCAUCUGGUGUUGUCAGAUGAGAAGACGAGGAGGUCGCCAGAUUAUGUUUACAACCCUUUUCCCAUGAAUAUGGACUUUAAGGCCAAGCAUUAACACCAGCCACUGUUUUGAAAACUACACAACCUGCAAAUCCUGUGCAACUGCAGAGGGAUAUCCUGGUGUGGCUAUUCAGCAGUCUAAGCCCAACCAGCUCCUACGUUACUAACUCGGAGGAGCUUGUGUGAGUGAGAUUUUUUUCUUCUUUUUCCUCUUUUUUUUCUCCCCCAAGUUUACUCUUGAAGACUUCUCUGUAAGAAGUAGAACAGCACUCAAAUAAACAAGACCAAAAUGGCCAACAACACGGUGGACCAUCCUCCGGGCAAUUCGGUUGCUGAGGACAACCAUGAAGGGGAUUUUGGAAUAACCAUGAUGGACCUUAGAAACGUGAUGGAGCUGAGGAGCGGUGAGGCUGUAGCCAAGAUAAGGGACACUUACGGAGACGUACAGGGGAUCUGCCGCCGGCUCAAGACAUCACCUAUAGAAGGUCUAUCUGGUAAUCCUGUGGAUCUUGAGAAACGCCACACAGCAUUUGGAAAGAACUUCAUCCCUCCCAAGAAGCCCAAGACCUUCCUGCAGCUGGUUUGGGAAGCUCUACAGGAUGUUACCCUCAUUAUCCUGGAGAUUGCUGCCAUCAUCUCCCUGGGCUUGUCCUUCUACCACCCACCAGGGGGCGACAGUGAGAUGUGUGGGCAGGCAUCAGCUGGUGCCGAGGAUGAAGGGGAGGCACAGGCCGGUUGGAUUGAGGGCGCUGCCAUCCUCUUCUCUGUCAUCAUUGUCGUUUUGGUGACGGCCUUCAAUGACUGGUCCAAGGAGAAGCAGUUCCGUGGGCUACAGAGUCGCAUUGAACAAGAGCAGAAAUUCACCGUCAUCCGCAAGGGACAAGUCAUCCAGAUUCCCGUGGCUGAGAUUGUGGUUGGUGACAUCGCUCAGAUUAAAUAUGGUGACCUACUGCCUACUGAUGGUAUCCUGAUUCAGGGGAAUGACCUGAAAAUUGAUGAAAGCUCUCUGACCGGCGAAUCGGACCAAGUCAAGAAAUCCCUGGAGAAGGACCCCAUGCUACUGUCUGGGACGCACGUGAUGGAGGGAUCAGGGAGAAUGAUAGUUUCAGCAGUUGGCCUAAACUCACAGACCGGCAUCAUUUUUACUCUCUUGGGGGCCGGGGAAAAUGAAGAGGAAAAGAAGGUCAAGAAAAGUAAAAAACAAGGACCCCCUGAAAAUCGCAACAAAGCUAAGACCCAGGACGGCAUCGCUCUGGAGAUCCAACCUCUGAAGAGCGAGGAGACUGCCGAGUCGGAGGAGAAAGAGGAGACCAAACCUCUGAAGAAGGUCAACGUGACCAAGAAGGAAAAGUCUGUGCUUCAGGGCAAGCUCACCCGGCUUGCCGUGCAGAUUGGGAAGGCCGGACUUAUCAUGUCUGCCGUCACAGUCAUCAUCCUCAUCCUUUACUUUGUGAUUGAUACCUUUGGGGUGCAAGGCCGCCCCUGGCUGACUGAGUGCACUCCCAUCUACAUCCAGUACUUUGUCAAGUUCUUCAUCAUCGGUGUGACGGUGCUGGUGGUGGCCGUGCCCGAGGGACUGCCGCUGGCCGUUACCAUCUCCCUGGCUUACUCUGUCAAGAAAAUGAUGAAAGACAACAACCUGGUCAGGCACCUGGAUGCCUGUGAGACCAUGGGCAAUGCCACAGCUAUCUGCUCUGACAAGACAGGGACGCUGACCAUGAACCGCAUGACGGUGGUACAGGCCUACAUAGGAGACGUUCACCACAAAACUGUACCUGAACCGGACGUCAUCAGACCGGAAACCCUGGAAAUCCUUGUCAACAGCAUUGCCAUAAACUCUGCUUACACUACCAAGAUCUUGCCACCAGAGAGGGAAGGCGGCCUGCCCCGGCACGUGGGCAACAAGACGGAGUGUGCCCUUUUGGGCAUGGUUCUGGAUCUAAGGAGGGACUACCAACCGAUCCGGGACGAGAUCCCAGAGGAGAAACUCUAUAAGGUGUACACGUUCAACUCUUCCCGCAAGUCCAUGAGCACUGUACUUAAAAACGCAGAUGGAGGCUUCCGCAUGUACAGCAAAGGCGCCUCUGAGAUUAUCCUGCGAAAAUGUUCCCGCAUCCUGAACGCUCAGGGUGAGCCACACAUCUUUAAGCCUAAGGACCGGGAUGAGAUGGUGCGGAAAGUCAUUGAGCCCAUGGCCUGUGAUGGGUUGAGGACCAUCUGUGUGGCCUACAGGGAUUUCCCUGCCGAGGCUGGUGAGCCCAACUGGGACACCGAAAACGACAUCCUCAACGACCUCACCUGCAUCACUGUGGUUGGCAUCGAAGACCCCGUCAGGCCUGAGGUACCGGAGGCUAUUUCUAAAUGCCAGCGUGCCGGCAUCACUGUUCGUAUGGUUACUGGAGACAAUAUCAACACUGCUCGAGCCAUUGCAACCAAGUGUGGCAUCCUGCUGCCUGGUGAGGACUUCUUGUGCCUGGAAGGAAAAGAGUUCAACCAGCAAAUUCGCAAUGACAAAGGAGAGGUGGAACAAGAGCGUUUGGACAAAGUGUGGCCUAAGUUGCGCGUGCUGGCUCGUUCCUCACCAACAGAUAAACACACACUAGUUAAAGGUAUCAUUGACAGCACAGUUGGAGAGACGCGACAGGUGGUGGCUGUGACAGGAGAUGGCACUAAUGAUGGCCCUGCCCUCAAGAAAGCCGACGUGGGAUUUGCGAUGGGUAUUGCUGGAACGGACGUGGCGAAAGAAGCCUCAGACAUCAUUCUGACCGACGACAACUUCACCAGCAUUGUCAAAGCUGUUAUGUGGGGGAGGAACGUCUACGACAGCAUCUCCAAGUUCCUGCAGUUCCAGCUCACCGUCAAUGUAGUGGCCGUCAUUGUUGCCUUCACUGGUGCCUGUAUCACACAAGACUCUCCUUUGAAGGCAGUACAGAUGCUGUGGGUCAACCUGAUCAUGGACACCUUGGCAUCCCUGGCCCUGGCCACUGAGCCACCGACUGAAUCUCUGCUCUUGCGUAAACCUUAUGGCCGUAACAAGCCCCUAAUAUCCCGAACCAUGAUGAAGAACAUCUUGGGACAUGGUGUCUACCAGCUUGUGAUCAUCUUCACGCUCCUCUUUGCUGGCGAGAAGUUUUUUGAUAUCGACAGCGGUCGCAAUACACCCUUGCAUUCGCCGCCCUCCGAGCACUACACCAUUGUCUUCAACGUCUUUGUCAUGAUGCAGCUGUUCAAUGAGAUUAACGCCAGGAAGAUCCACGGGGAAAGGAACGUCUUCGAGGGAAUCUACCGAAACCCCAUCUUCUGCAGCGUAGUCCUGGGGACAUUUGCUCUGCAGAUAGUCAUCGUACAAUUUGGGGGAAAGCCUUUUUCCUGCACCGCCUUGACCAUUGACCAGUGGUUGUGGUGUGUCUUCAUCGGCGUUGGGGAGCUCCUCUGGGGACAAUUGAUCUCAGCCAUACCCACCCAGCACCUCAAGUUCCUAAAGGAAGCAGGCCAUGGCAUCACCAAAGAGGAGAUCCCCGAAGAGGAGCUGACAGAGGGGGCGGAUGAAAUUGACCAUGCGGAGAUGGAGCUGAGGAGAGGGCAGAUCCUCUGGUUCCGUGGCCUCAACCGUAUCCAGACUCAGAUUAAGGUGGUGAAUGCGUUCCGAAGUUCCCUUUAUGAGGGGCUAGAGAACCCAGAAUCCCGCAGCUCCAUCCACAGCUUCAUGGCCCACCCUGAGUUUUUACCCCUUUCUGAGGAGGAGGCUCGCAUCACCCCAAUUGAGGAGACGGGCGAUGAGAGCGAGACCGAGGCCGAGAUCUUUCCCAGCUCUUCCUAGGGACGGGGAGGGAAGCCGACCCCCCCCCCCAUUACACCCCCCCCCCAAUUGUCAGGAGUCCUCCAACUGAUCACUGUCUCAUUUUGCUCAUUUGUUGUUUUUUUUAACAUCACAGCAACCUCCUUUUAGUGUUCCAGUUGUAAAUUACCUCCUCUGACCUUACCACUUCAGCUGUGUUCACCACAAGGUGGGAAUAGUUGUCACUCUACUGGUACUCUCAAUCUAGAGUUUCACACACACACACACGCACAAAACAUGUACACACACAGCCGCACACAUACACACACAACAUACCCUACCCCCCGGCUCAUAUCCUCUGCAUUGUCAACCUUAUAGUCAGGAUAUUAUUCAGUGACCAUCAACGCUUCCACCUCCUUCCCGAGGCUCAACGAAUCCCUCUUCCUCCUCCUCCUCUUCCUCCUCUUUCUCACAGCCAUUCCUGCCAACUAUGCCAAGUUCUGUUUUUAAUGGCUCACGAUGACUGCAGCACUAUCUUGUAAUUAUGUGAAGCAAAGUGACAUAUGAAGAAUCCAACGUAUUGCAGUCCCCUCCCUUUAAUUCACACAAGGAAGUCUCCUCCCACCUUUUUAAGGGGCCAUUUCCUGUCUUGUUCACAUGUUUUUUUGUUUUUGUUUUUUUAAAUGAUCAUCUUUUUGAUCAGACCGCCUUUUUGUGUGUGUGUAUGUGUGUGUGUGUGUGUGUGUGUGUGUGUGUGUGUGUGUGUGUGUGUGGGUAUGUGUGUGUGUGUGUUCAGUUAAAACUGCUGCCGGAGACUGUAAAACAGCAUGAUAUGUUAGUUCUGUGCUCGCUUUUAAGUCCUGCAUAAUGUUCUCAAAUGGCACAGAACUUCCUUUUUAAAGAGCUCUUUAAUUCUCAUGUACAUAUAUAUUUUUGCUCUUCUAUACAACUUAGAGGUGGGUUUGAUGACUAGAGAAUAACGGGCAAUUUUCAAAGUUUGUUCAUUGUCAAAGAAAUUCAAUUUUGUUGAGGAUUUUUAAGGUUUUAUUCUUUCUUUUAUGUACAGAUUGUUUCUUUUACAAGCUUCUAAAGAAGAUGUGCUGAUGACUGAUUCAGCGUAAAAUACCGAAAACGUCUCUUGAGUGUGACACUACACAGCUUCGAGGUUGAACUGUCCAAAAAAAAAAAAGUUUUUUUUCUUUCCGUUCUUCAUCACGUCCCUAUGGGUCAGUUUUUAUUUCAUGUACUACUUUGUAUUUAGAGGGACAGCACUGAGGGUGCGUAGCGCUAACGUGUACAAAAUGGCCGCCUCCACCGAGAGGACUGGUCAUCUCUACAGUAUCGGUAGAAGGUCAUCAUGUACAAUGUAAAAAAAAAAAUUAAAAAAAUUAAAAAAAAACUGGGAGGGACCUCUGACCUCAUCUCAUCUAAUCAGGGAUACUUUAUUCAGCCCUUACCAAGUAACUAAACUGUUAACAUACUGCCUCAAGUUUGAGUUGAGAAUACUAAGUGUUCAAAUCGAAGAGGACACUGACUUACUUUAACGCCCCGCUCCGUGUUGUUAUCUUUCAUUUAAAUUGCAUAGGAAUCGUGGUGGGACACACAACUCGGCACAUAAGAGGCAUGUUUUUUUUUUGUCUUUUUUUUCCUUCUAACUUUUGUCCUAGUUUGUCAUUUAUGAAAAAGAGGGGGAAAAUUGUCAGUGCAAAUUGAAAUUAGAUUGGGUGUUAUAUUCAGAUAAAGGGCGUCCAGCUCACCUGUUUGAACUCGUGUGCCUGUGUGUUUUGAUUUAAUCCAUGUUGGCCAUAGCUUAUGACAUUUGGGAGUAUUGCUCCCGCCCAAACCACCAGGAUAACAAUCGUCAUCCAGGAUCUAAAUACAUCAUGUGGC